AUGGCGACGGCCGGGAAAUCUCCGAUCAGUAGUGCACCAUCAGACAGCUCAAUGGAAGGUGCUAAUUUGAGAACACUUCUCACACAAUUACCCUCCAAGACCGACCUCAAGGUGAUGUUUUCCAAAAUGGAGAAAAGUUUUGGAGAAAAACUACAAACAUUCCGCAAAGAG